AUGGGCGGGGCUGUGGCUCCUCUCAUUUCCCCUCCAUGCUUAGCGGGGCGGCAGGGCUGGAGAGACCUCCGGGGAGCACAGUCGCCAGUCCAGCACGGAGACCCGCCUGGCCAAAAAACUGCGCCGCACACUUGCCAGGAUUGCCAAAUAUUCCUCAAAAAUAUACCUGCUAUUUAUGGCAUGUGGCUUGUAACUUUACUCCUGCUGUACUCUCUCCAAGAAGUACACAGUGAGGAUGUGGGCUCUACCAGGCUGUACUUUGUGAAUGCCUCCCUGCAGAGGGUGACCUACUCCAGCUCGGUGGGGGUGUCCCUGCCCUGCCCAGCAGGGGGCACCCCCAGUGCCAUCCUGCGCUGGUACCUGGCCACCGGCGACGACAUCUACGACGUGCCCCACAUCCGCCAUGUGCAUGCUAACGGCACCCUGCAGCUGUACCCCUUCUCGCCCUCUGCCUACAACAGCUACAUCCACGACAACGAUUACUUCUGCACUGCCGAGAACCAGGCUGGCAAGAUCCGCAGCCCCAACAUCCGCAUCAAAGCUGUUUUCAGGGAGCCCUAUACCGUGCGGGUGGCAGACCAGCGCUCGAUGCGGGGCAACGUAGCCGUGUUCAAGUGCCUCAUCCCCACCGCUGUGCAGGAGUACGUCAGCGUUGUGUCCUGGGAGAGAGACACCGUUUCCAUCGUCCCAGGUAACAGGUUCUCUCUGACCUCCUUCGGGGCUCUUUACAUCUCUGAUGUUCAGAAGGAGGAUGCCCUCUCCACAUACCGGUGCAUCACCAAACACAAGUACAGUGGUGAGACACGCCAAAGCAACGGAGCCAGGCUCUCCGUGAUGGACCCCACUGAGUCCUCACCCACCAUCCUAGACAGCUUUCAGGCAGGGGAGGUGUACGCUGGCCAGAGUAUUGAGCUCCCCUGCAUAGCAGGAGGUUAUCCCAGCCCCACCGUGCGCUGGCUGAAAGACGGCCGGCCACUGCCCUCGGACGCCCGCUGGACCCGGCGUUUGACAGGGCUGACCAUCAGUGACCUGAGGCAGGAGGACAGCGGCAGCUACGCCUGCGAGGUCACCAACAGCUUUGGCUCGAAGGAGGUGUCCGGUCAACUUCACGUUAUAGACCCGCUGCGAGUGACCUUGUCCCCUAAGAGUCUGAAGACGGGCAUCAGCAGCACCCUGUUCUUCACCUGCACUGUGGAGGGCUCUCCAGAAUACACCAUCACCUGGUACAGAAACACUGAGCCCAUCGUCUCCGACCAGCACAUCUCCAUCCAGGGACAACACAACGACACGCUCCAGAUCACCGCAGCACAGAAGUUCCACUCCGGAGCCUACCAGUGCUUUGCCUCCCGCAAGGGCCACACUACUCAGGACUUUUCCAUUAUUCUGCUCGAGGACGGUACUCCUCGUAUUGUGUCUUCCUUCAGUGAGCGGGUGGUGAACCCCGGUGAGCCUUUUUCCCUCAUGUGUGCCGCUAAAGGAGCCCCACCCCCCUCUAUCACCUGGACCCUGGACGAUGAGCCUGUGGUGCGAGACUCCGCCUACAAAACCAGCCAGUACACCCUGUCGGACGGCCUGACCGUGUCGCACGUCAACGUCAGCAGCCCGCUCAUUCGCGAUGGGGGAGUGUAUCGUUGCGCCGCACGCAACUCGGCCGGUAGCGCCGAGUACCAAGCGCGCAUAAACGUAAGAGGUGCACCCAGAAUCAGACCCAUGCGCGACAUCACUGCAGUGGCAGGAAGGAACACCUACAUAACGUGCCGUGUGAUCGGCUACCCCUAUUACUCUAUCAAAUGGCUGAAGGAUGGCAUGCAGCUGCCUGAUAACCACCGUCAAGUGGUGUUUGAGAACGGCACCCUGAGGCUGACAGAUGUACAGAAGGGUGCAGACGAGGGUACCUACUUGUGUAGUGUUCUGAUCCAGCCGCAGCUGUCAAUCAACCAGACCGUCCACGUCACCGUUAAAGUGCCACCGUUGAUCCAGCCCUUCGACAUCCCCUCUACCUCAGUGGGGAAGCUCAUGUACAUUGCCUGUGUGGUGUCAUCUGGGGACAUGCCCAUACGCAUCACCUGGCACAAAGAUGGACAGCUCAUCGUGCCAGGCUCUGCCUCUGGCGUCGGAAUAGAGACCAAAGAGUUCAUGAGCUCCCUGCAAAUCUCCAAGGUGACACUGAAGCACAACGGAAACUACACCUGCAUCGCCAGCAACGCCGCUGCCACCGUCAGCUGGGAGAGACAGUUGAUUGUUACUGUGCCACCACGUUUUGUCGUGCAGCCCAACAACCAGGACGGUAUCUACGGCAAAGCUGGGGUCCUCAACUGCUCUGUGGAGGGUUACCCACCUCCCAAAGUCAUGUGGAAACAUGCCAAGGGUGUAGGAAACCCUCAGCAGUACCACCCAGUCCCUCUAACUGGACGUAUCCAGAUCAUGUCAAAUGGCUCUUUACUGAUCCGGCAUGUUCUGGAGGACGACCGAGGCUACUACCUCUGUCAGGCCUCCAACGGAGUGGGCUCAGACAUCAGUAAAAGCAUGAUCCUUACUGUCAAGAUUCCUGCCAUGAUCACCAGCCACCCCAACACCACCAUGGCUAAGAAGGGCCAGACCAAGGAGCUGAACUGCACCGCACGAGGCGAGCAGCCCAUAAUCAUCCGCUGGGAGAGAGGCGAUACUGUCAUCGAUGCCGAGAGAAACCCCCGUUACUCCAUCACGAUAAACAAGAAGGGAGACGAAGUCAUCUCCACCCUCAAGCUGAACCCAGCGGAGCGUGGAGAUUCUGUCUUCUUCUCCUGCCACGCUAUCAACUCCUAUGGAGAAGGUCGAGGGCUCAUCCAACUCACGGUGCAAGAACCCCCAGAUCCCCCUGAGCUGGAAGUGAGGGAGGUGAAAGACAGGAGCAUGAACCUGCGCUGGAUCCAAAGGUUUGAUGGAAACAGCAUCAUCACCAGCUAUGAUAUUGAGUACAAGAACAAGUCAGACUCCUGGGAUCACAUGUACACAACCAGGAACAUCUCACCCACCAACAACCAGGCCAACAUCGUAGAGCUGCACCCAGCCUGUGUCUACAGCAUCCGCAUGUACUCCUUCAACAAGAUCGGCCGCAGCCUGCCCAGCAAAGAGCUUACCAUCAGCACUGAGGAAGCACAACCCGACGGGCCACCGAUAGAUGUCGUCCUCCAGCCAAUGACAUCUCAGAGCAUACGGGUCACGUGGAGGGCUCCAAAGAAAGAGUUGCAAAAUGGAGUGAUCCGGGGCUACCAGAUCGGUUACAGAGAAAAUGGGCCGGGCAGCAACGGCCAGUACAGUAUUGUGGAGAUGAAGGCUACGGGGGACAGCGAAGUGUACACCUUGGACAACCUGAAGAAGUUUGCCCAGUAUGGAGUGGUGGUCCAGGCCUUCAACAGAGCCGGGACGGGCCCAUCCAGCACCGAGAUCAAUGCCACCACACUGGAAGACGUGCCCAGCGAGCCUCCUCAGAACGUGCGGGCCAUCUCGGUGACGUCUGACGAAGCGGUAAUCACGUGGGCUGAGCCUCCACGGCUGACGCUGCACGGUGUGCUGAAAGGCUACCGCGUUGUGUUUUGGUCCCUCUUCCCUGAUGGAGAAUGGGGAGAGAUGCAAAACAUCACAACCACACGUGAGCAGGUGGAGCUGAGAGGGCUGGAGAAGUUCACCAACUACAGCGUUCAGGUGCUGGCCUACACACAGGCUGGGGAUGGCGUCCGCAGCAACGUCCUCUACAUCCAAACCCGUGAGGACCUUCCUGGUCCACCAGCUGGCAUCAAGGCAGUUCCCUCCUCUCCAAGCAGUGUGGUUGUGUCCUGGUUGCCUCCUCACAAACCAAAUGGUGUCAUCCGCAAGUACACCAUCUACUGCUCCAGCCCAGGCUCUGGACAGCCGGCGCCCAGCGAAUAUGAAGCCAACCCGGAGAUGCUCUUCUACCGCAUCACGCACCUCACCCGUGGUAAACAAUACCACAUCUGGGCCGCAGCCGUGACAACUGCUGGCCGCGGCAACAUCAGUGAAAAGGUCACAGUGGAGCCUGCUGGGAAAGCUCCAGCAAAAAUAUUGUCAUUUGGGGGUACGGUAACCACACCCUGGAUGAAGGAGGUGCGUCUGCCCUGCAGCUCAGUGGGAGAGCCGACACCCACAAUCAAAUGGACCAAAGACAGUGAGGACUCUGCCAUUCCAGUGACGGCUGACAGUCAGCGGCAGAUCUUAUCCAAUGGCACGCUGGUGCUGCGUUCGGUCAAAGCAGAGGAUUCUGGGUACUACACAUGCACAGCCACCAACACCCUGGGCUUUGACACCAUCAUUGUCAACCUUCUCGUCCAGGUUCCUCCGGACCAGCCUCGUUUGACUGUCUCCACCACCUCCACCUCCUCCAUCACCCUGGCCUGGAUCCCUGGGGACAACGGGGGAAGCUCCAUCAGAGGUUUUGUACUGCAGUAUUCAGUGGACAACACAGAGGAGUGGAGGGAUGUGUUCAUCAGCUCCAGCGAGCGGUCCUUCAGGUUGGACAACCUGCGCUGUGGGACCUGGUACAAGGUCAAGCUGGCCGCCAAGAACAGCGUGGGCUCAGGGCGCAUCAGUGAGAUCAUCGAGGCUAAAACCCAUGGAAGAGAGCCGGUGUUCAAUAAGGACCAGCCGCUGCUCACCCACAUCAACUCUACCCAUGCAGGGCUCAACCUGCAGGGCUGGACCAGCGGCGGCUGCCCCAUCACUGCCUUGAUGCUAGACUUCAGGCCCAAGGGAACCUGGGCCUGGCAGAGCCUCAAGGCCAACUCUACCAGCCAGCUUUUCCUCAGCGAGCUGCGUGAAGCCACCUGGUAUGAACUCAAAAUGAAGGCCUGCAACAGUGCUGGGUGCGGCAAUCAGAGCUCCCAGUUCGCCACCACCGACUAUGAUGGCAGUACCAUCCCUCCCAUUAAAUCAGCACGAGGGGAAGGGGAUGACGUGAAAAAGUUAUUCUCCAUUGGUUCCCCUGUCAUCCUGGUCACUCUGGGCGUCGCCUUGCUCUUCAUUAUCCGCAAGAAGCGCAAGGAGAAGAGGCUUAAGCGACUUAGAGAUGCUAAGAGCCUUGCUGAGAUGCUUAUCAGUAAGAACAAUCGCAGUAUGGACACUCCUGUGAAGGGACCGCCUCAAGGCCCAAGGCUCCAUAUUGACAUCCCACGUGUUCAGCUGCUUAUCGAGGACAAGGAGGGCAUCAAACAGAUUGGCGAGGACAAGGCAGCAGUGCCAGUGACAGACACGGAGUUCAGCCAAUCAGUGAACCCGCAGAACUUCUGCACAGGAGUCUCUCUGCACCACCAAGCCCUCAUCCAGAAUUCAGGGCCUUUGAUUGACAUGUCAGACAUCCGCCCAGGCACUAAUCCUGUGUCCAGGAAGAGUAUAAAGUCAGCCCACAGCUCCAGGAACCGAUACUCCAGCCAGUGGACCCUAAGCCGACCGGGUCAGAGCCAGUCCACAGUCUCAGCACGAACUCUGACCUCAGACUGGCGGACCAUGGGUUCUCAUGGCAUCACCGCCACGGAGAGUGACAGCUACAGUGCCAGCCUGUCCCAGGACACAGAUAAGGGCCGCAACAGCAUGGUGUCAACAGAGAGCGCUUCGUCCACCUACGAGGAGCUGGCCAGAGCCUAUGAACACGCCAAGCUGGAGGAGCACCUGCAGCACGCCAAGUUCACCAUUACAGAGUGUUUCAUCUCUGACAGCUCAUCCGACCAGAUGACCACAGGCACCAACGACCCCGCAGACAGCAUGACCUCCCUCAGCACGCCGUCUGAACCGGGCAUUUGCCGCUUCACUGCUUCACCACCCAAACCGCAGGACUACGAUCGCGGUAAAAAUGUGGCUGUGCCCAUUCCCCACCGCGCUAACAAAAGUGAAUUCUGCAACCUUCCCCUCUACAUGAAGUCGGAUCCAUUUUUCCGCAAGCAAGGAGAGCUGCAUGACCCGUGCCCGGCUGUGCCACCACGGGAAGCUUCGAUCCGCAGCCUGGCACAAAGGGCCUACCACACCCAGGGCCGCCACAUGACUCUAGACCCUGCCAAGCAGCAGGCCCUGACGCUGGGCCACUCUGGGCUGGGCAGCCUGGGUGUGAGCUCGGGCACCGCCACUCUGCCCCAAAGGACUCUCACCAUGCCCAGCUCCAACGCUGCAGCGACAGCUUCCACUUCCAGCACGAGCAGCAACCCUACCAACAGCAACAAGGUGGGGGGCUCCAGAGACUCGCUGCUCGAGAACAGCUCCUCUGCUCUUGGGAGACUGCAGAAACAGAGUGUGGGGGCCUACUCCAAGUCCUACACGUUGGUGUAGUCUGUUCUGCUGCACAGGCUUGCACUACUGUCCCACUCCUCAGCCAGCCCCACUCUGGUAUUCUUCAGUCUGGGCCAGAAAGGGCAUGCAAGCAUCUUUCUUUAGACCCAACUAAUGGCUAACUGCCCAGCGUCCUGUCUAGUCCUCCUCUGGAUAGGUGUUGUCCCAGACAGAGACCUAGCUAACCCUCCUGUUUCAUGCUCACCUGGGACUCGAUACAAGAACUACUAACUCCAACUAACAGUUCCAGCCGGCUGGUGCUCAGCUCCACUCACUUCUUGUGGGAGUUACACAGAGAAAAAAAAAAACAGGAGGCUAUUCUGUAGUCAUUUGGAAAUAUAGACUACUACUGACGGGCUAAAAGCUCUGUGCUUUUGAUGAUGAAGACUACAAUAGCCAGUAUGAAGCUGGAUGGCCAUGCUCCCUCUCAUACGCACACACAUACUGUCCUCCAUAGUUUGAGUAUUAUGUCAAUUUGCAGGACUACUGUACCAAUUAAGUUCCCUAUUCUUAUCUCACCCUCUACAUGUUUCUUAAUGUCCCGUCUAACUACUGGCAGGUUUAUACUUACUGGUGAUUUCAAAAAGAAGGAUUCAGGUUCACCUCUGAGGAACUUUAAACUCAAAUUUCUACCACGUUACUCACACAUCUCUCUUCCCUUCCAACUGAACAGUGCCCAACAGCUUUUUGACCGAAUCAUGACAACCCAAAUGACCCAUCUAUGAUUUCUCGCAAUACAAAUAGAGAAUAUUUGGUAUUAUAAAGAAUUUACAUAUAUAUUUCUAUGUAGGUAUAUUAUUGACAUUUAAGUGAAAUUAUGACAAAGUAUAAAUUGUAUGUACUACAAUAGUGUCGUAGUAUAUACAACAGUUUUAAUGUUAAUGUCGAAUUUAAGAACGAGACAAUCGCUCAAUCAUGUAAAGAGAAAUUAGAGGUUGGACUAAAGAAGGAGAAAGUGUAGUAUAUAUAGGGGAUGUUCUGUAUGUUACUGUAUGUAGACUGGGUGUGGGAAAAGCACUUCAUUCCUGUGCAGACAGGAAGUGCCCAUCACCAAGCCCCGUCUUCAGAUGGGAAAAAAACAAGAUUGGUUACUUAGUUUUAAUUUCACUUCCUGUUAAGACAGACUGACUGAACAGACCAUAACCACACUCGCUUUAAAUAAGCAGACCAACAGCUCUGUGGUCUGGCCUGCUGAGGAUCAACAACGAGUCUGCAACACCUGAUUCCCUUUAUGUCUUUGGUUGAUGCCAUCAUGACACAAAGGUUCACUUAUAUAAGCUGCUCAUGUGGCUCUAUUUAUAAAGAUUUAACCUCUUUGCCCUGAAUUAGUUUGUCAUGAGGCUGUCAGUGGUCAGUAAAUGCAAUUAUAUCCAGAAACCAAAUCGAUUUCACAGAGGACUGAGGUGUUUAUGACUUUUCCUUCUGGCUGUUGACUGAGCCACUUAUCUAUGGUUCACUUUUUGCUUGCACCAUUUUGCAUUCCCAUAUGAGUUUUUAUGUCGGGGUGUGUGGAAAAUGGCUGCUGCAAAAUGGCCACAGAUUUGAGUUACUAUAUCAAGGCGUCUGUUUAUGGCAUAGAUGACAGAGACAGACAAGAGUGCUCAGUCACAGAUACAGUAACGCAUCCUACCAACCUCUCAGUCAGACUCGGUGUCACUUAGCCGACCUUUAUACAAAUGGACAACUACUGUAGCUGAAGAGUCCCAGUCAUGUGAAUGAAGUCAGAUAAUCUACCGAAGCUGAGAGUUUAUUAUUUGUCAGGGAGUUCAGUUUGAAAAGUAUAUAAUGUGCACUCAAUUGAGAACUUUGUCGUUGCCCUGUCUUAAGUACUGUACAUGUCCCACUUUCUCCAUCUUCAUACCCCUCCAUUAUGCGCUAUUGUACAUUAACACAAGAACAUACUGGAAUGUCUUUUAAAGCAUCUCCAUGAUAGUGUUUUGUGGUUUAUCUUUAUUUAUUUCUUCAUUUGCUUGUUUGUCUAUUUAUUAAUUUAUUUAUUGGCAGGUGUAUUUGUU